UUCCCGGCUGUCCAUGUUGCGCAGCGCCCUGCAGAGCUGAGUACGGAGUUGCCCACUGGAACUUGCUACAGCUUUUAAACUUUUUCUUUUUUCCCUUUGCUCUUCGUUUUACCGCUUCUUCUUUUUUCCUGCGCCUCAUUUAUUGUUAGCACUCCACCAACUUCUAUUUCCCCUUCUUCUACUCUCCAUUUGUAUUAUUGUCUGUUGUUUUCGCGUCGAGUCAAGCUGGUACAGUAACCAUUCGCUGCUGCAGCAUAGCGCCGCGGCCUGGUCCAGAACUUUGCCUGCUGUCUGCAUUGGGCCCCGUAACAGUUCCAGGCGCCCUCCAGCCCACACACACCCACUAGGGCCGCCCUCUCAGCGGACAUCCAGCCUGCUAACGGUCGCUGGCAAACUCCGCCUCCGGCCCUAAAGCAACUAAAACAGGCCCAGAGCUUGCAACGCUAGCAUCCGACAGAACCGCACAGCUUGUUGUCCCUCACCCACGCUACCCAACCCGACCUCGUUCUCCAACUCGCCGCCCCGCGUUCAACAGUGCACGCCAUCUCAGCUUCUCUUCUCCCAUCCCGCACGCACCUUGCUACAUUUUCGAAUGGCUCUUAGCCGGAGAUAGCAUCACUUAAAACUGUGCUACAUUGCUACCGACUAAGCCUUUCGCCUUUUUCUUCCGUUCUUCUCGCGCUGCGAUUCGGCCAACACUCGCCAUCGCCGCCUUCGGACGCAGCUGAGCCGGCUGUCUGCCUCUCGUCGCAGCGCCAAUCGUUCUUCUCGAGACCUCCCCAGAACCCGCAAAGUAUAUAAAUACAAAGCAGCACAGUCUACUAAAUUAUGGAAAACAUCGGCAGCUUCCAAAUGAGCGGCAAUGCUCCGCCGCCUCUCAUGAAUCAACCCCCGCAAAUCUUUGGAGGCUAUGGCCAAGAUGGCAUGUCAAACAUGGCCAACAUGCCUCCUGAUCUCGCUGCGCACAUGUUUGGAGAUUCGCAUUUGCUAAUGGAUGAUUCUGCCGAUGCCAAACGACGCCGAAUCGCAAGAGCUUGUGAUAUGUGUCGAAAGAAGAAGAUUAAAUGCGACGGCAAACUACCUGCCUGUACAAACUGCACAACUUAUAAAACUGACUGCGCAUUCACUCAAGUCGAGAAAAAGCGAGCGCCGCCGAAAGGUGCCAAAUACAUUGAAAGUUUGGAAAACCGACUCGCGCGAAUGGAGCAUCUGCUUAGACUCUCUGGUGUUCUCGACGAUGGCGACAGCACCAUGGAUCUCGGUGUGCUCGAAAAGAAACUGACUGAAAAGUCCCGCCAAGCAUCAAUAGCAACAGGAUCUCUCCCGGUCUCUCCUGCUCAAAAUGACGGCACUACCGGUACGCCACAAAGCUCCAUCACAUCACCCACAGACCGCGAUGUUCGCGCUGCUGGAAGCUUGGACGAGAUAAAACAAGAAGCGGACGGCGACGAGAACUCUCAGGAAGAGCCGGUCGAGGCACUGUCUGAAAUGAUGUGCUCUCUAGUUACCAACCAGCGCGGCGAAACUCGAUUCUUUGGCUCUUCAUCCGGCUUUUCCAUCUUUUCCCCCAAGGGUGUGCAAUGGGUCAACGGGAAGAUGGGCGACGAUUCGUUUCAAUCCAUGAUAUCCGAGGUGUCGGUGGAUGACCAUAAGUGGACAAAUUGGAAGCCUGAAGUCUUUGGCGAUGUCUUCCAACGACCCAUCUUCCGACCACUCCCCCCAAAACAGGAGGCUCUUUCUUUACUCGUUGACUUUUUCGAAAACUUCAAUUGCAUGUUGCCACUUUUCCACCAGCCGACAUUUAUGCAUCUUGUCGAACGCCAAUAUUCGUCAGACCCUUACCAAGGCUCCGGCUGGUGGGCCAGUCUCAACUGCGCUCUCGCCAUUGCGCAUCGCUUGCGAGUUAUGAGCAACCUUGUUUCUCAGGAUGAGGAUGAGAAGGCGUGGGAUUAUCUCAAGAACGCCAUGGGUGUCUUUCCAGAACUGACUAUGCGCAACACCGACCUACUCAGUGUACAAGGACUGCUAGGUAUGGCGCUCUUUAUGCAAGGCACACCAAACCCUCAGCCAUCUUUCCUCUUGGUCGCUGCGGCCAUCCGCCUUUCCCACAGCAUUGGCUUACACAGAAAAGGAACUGGAUUUGACCUGAACCCUAUUGAAAUCGAACAGCGCAAACGCGUAUUUUGGAUUGCUUAUAUGCUAGACAAGGACCUUUGCCUUCGCUCGGGCCGCCCGCCAGCCCAAGAUGACGACGAUAUGAAUGUUGAGCUGCCUGAAGCUGACCCGUCGGACAAUAUCGGCAAUAUUCCUUUGGCUGAUGGCAAGGGAAAACUGAAUCUAUUCCGAACCAUGUGCGAGUUUGCUGUAAUCGAAAGCAAGGUAUAUCGACGACUAUAUUCGACCAAGGCGACGAAACAAUCAGAUGGCGAGCUACUCAACUCUAUUGGAGAGCUCGAUCAGGAACUUGAGGAAUGGAAGGAUAUGAUUCCUAUUGAGUUCCGACCCGAGCACGAGAUUAAAGCAUCACAUACGCCUCUUAUUCUACAUGUCGUCAUGCUUCACCUCGCAUAUUACAACUGCCUUAUGACUAUCCAUCGCAUGUCUGUUCAUCACGGAUACUGGACAAGUAGACUUGCCAACUACGCCAUCCAGGGUCUCAACUCCAAGCCUCUCAACCCUCGUGUUUUCUCAUCCGCCACCCUCUCCACCGCCGCCGCGCGAGCCUCUAUCUCUCUUUUGAAAUAUGUCCCACAAGGCGACUUUGCUUGUGUCUGGAUGAUUCUCUACUUCCCUGUUUCAGCUCUCGUCACUCUGUUUGGAAAUAUUCUACAAAACCCGCUAGAUGCACGCGCCAAAUCCGACAACCGUCUCAUGGACCUAGUCGUCACCUUCUUGUCCAUGCUUGGCCAGGAAGCAGAGCAAGGUGGUGUACACCGAAUGCUCGGCAUCUGCUCAGAGUUCGGAAGAAUUGCCAAGGUUGUCAUUGAACGCGCUGAAAAGGAGCAGGCGUCUCGUCGCAAGCGCAAGGUUGAUGGCAAACCCGUCGGUAGCAAGGCUAACACCAAGUCUGGCGAAGGUACUGUUUAUGACAGUGAGGUUCCCAUCCCUACAACCAUGGACGAACUAUCGCCGCCAUUGAAAGGCGGCCUCUCGUCAUCAUUUGGUCCUCUUGCAGCCACUACACCUCCACCACGUGAACGAGCAUCCCCAGCAUCGAAUCCCCGAUCUGACUGGAUGCCAGAGCAAUCGACGCAAGGCAUGCCACAAAAUGGCGACUAUGAUUCUUUCGGCAACAUGCAAGAGUUCAUGCAAGGCAAUAACCCGUCGCCGUCCGCAAUGAUUAAUCCCUUCCAGCAGCCGUUGUUACCGCCAGACCUCUUCUCGUUGCCAAUGACUCUUGAUUGGAACUGGGCAGAGAUGAGUGGUGGUGCAUACCCCAGUGUUGAAAAUGGCAACUUUGGGAACAUCAACUUGAAUCAGCAAUAUCCCCCACAGUAAACAAACAUUCUUAUACUGUUUCCUUUGCCUUGGUCUUGUUAUCGCAGUUCUCUUGGCGGCCACAGCACGAUUGAAGAACAUAGAAUAUUUGGGAUGGCUGUAAUAUGGCUCGAAAUGAAAAAUGAACGGCGUACAUAUCUUGGGUAAUAAUGAGGGGAACUCGGCUUCUAGCACUUGAUUGAUAAUGAUAACUUAUAUACAGCGCGGUUUAACGAACCGAAAAUGUACUUUUCUAUUCUUGAAACCCCGUUGCAUCAACCAUAUUAUACGUUUUGUAUCUCAUCCGUAGUAGGUGAUCUUUGUUUUUGUAAUUUCUUUUGAUUUUUUUUAUCUUAGAAACCAGCUCUAGAUAGCAGCGGUAGCUAGUUCCCGGCUGCGAUUACUGAGAGCAUUCAAACAAACAACGCAAAAGUUUAACCGUCUGUGUCAGAAAAUAAAUCAACCCCCCCCCCCCCCCCCGGGGGACCAAAAAGAAAGCAAAGGGCAUUAACAAUAAAAUGACCAGAUACCAAUUUCGAGAGAGAUGAAAGUGGGAUUCUCUCACCCAGUCUCUGUUGCUCUUCUAUCAAGUGUUCAAGUUCCCCAUCUCCCAACUGCACUCAAUCCUCCUUUUAUAAAGCGUCUCUCGACCAUGCGCCAUACCAUCGACUCAUUGACACAACUUGUUCCUGGUACUAACCACUGCAACUUGGAUCUGCAGAGGAAGUAGAAGAAUGUCAAGGCUUCAUGGCAAAGGGCAGCCAGAGUACGACAAGUCGUAAAGCAAAUAAACGUGAAAAUACACGAUCUUGGGUGGGAAUUUGUACCAUCCCAGGAACAAAACAAAAAAAGAAACAAAAAGAAACAAGAGAGGGCUACUCUCUUAUCAAUCGCGCAAAUAGAAGACCAAUAAAAAAGACAACAGGGCUCAAGCUCAAGGCAUAUGACCCAAUCCAAAACCAAGCGACAAAGCAAGCGCAUAAAAAGCAUAAUUUUUGAGGUCCCAAAAUUAAGAAACCAAGAAGUCUCCUGAACGCCGUGCUAUAAGUAUGUGGACAAAAUAAACAAGAAGGAAAAAAAGAAAUUCGAAAUCAAGUGGUGAGUGAGCGCCGAAUGCAAGUGCCGUCAUAUCGAAUCAUGAUCCAAUCACGUAGCAGGUCGCCAUAGGGUUAAGUGUCGCGCAACGCUACGCGCCAACCAUGCCUGGGCCAUAGCUGUGCUGGCGAACGGUGGGAUAUGGUGGCGUGUUACCAUUCUGGGAUUCAGUUAGUACACUUGUUUUGCGUGUAGCCGAGCCUGUGUCAAGUAGUCCACUAACCUUCUUACGACGCUUUUGACCGCCUUCGCCGUCUCCUGUGGAGUAACCCGCAUCAUCAUCAGGGAAACCCUCGCCAUACCCCUCGUAGCUACUGUCUCCGUAGCUGCGCUUCUUGAUGUUCCGGCGUGGGCGGUUGGGAUCGUGACCAGGCGGCAGCUGGCCCUUCAUCGUUGAUCCACUGUGGGUUCCGACAGGCGGCGUACUGACGGCAGUGGCUUUGGCGGAGGCGCCUGGCUUAGCACCCUCUCCAUGUGAGGGUGCCAGAUCGCCCAGGACCGAUGUGUCCCAGAUAGACUUUGGAAUGGGCCCCUUGGACAUUGUCAGAGCACGACCCAGUGAAGAGAUCGUAGCUUCGGAGAGUCCGUCAUUAAUCUCACGGCCUUUGACCUGGUGCACAUUCCACUCCAACUCAGGGACUUGAAGCAGCGCCAUAAAGUCUGAUGGUGCAUCCUCCUUCUUCUUCUGCACAUCAAAAUGGCCAGCCACUCCUAGGCGUUUGAUGUGACCCUUGUACGUUUUCCUCAGUGCAUUCUUCUCGCCAUUAGGUUUUUCUCUGGCGACUUCGGUGGCCAAAUCAGUCAGGUUGUACAUUUCGUACAAGUCGUCGGAGGUUCGAGGCAGGGAUUCGGAAUGGGCUAAAUGUGAGCAGUACGGUCAACAAACAGUUCAUCAAGUAACGUUUUAAAAAGUUCACUAGUGAAUAGCACACAGUGGUAUAGUGUUUCCAACAACCGCGCGGGAUGGAAAGAAAAUGGGAGUGCUUACAAAGUCCACAAAGCAAGUAUUUCUCGCCGACGUCAAUGUGCAACUCGCCGAUACCGACGCCAAAAUCGUCCAAGUGUAGCUUCUUCUGGUCGCGAUCGCCAAUAUCGUCAAGCGUACGCUUUCGCUUGUGAGGCGAGUCAUCCGCCAUCAAAACAUCGGCCUGCGACAUGCUGCCAGUAACACUAUGCGCUGGCGUAGGCAAAGUAGCGGCUGUAGCGGCGGCUGAUGAGAGGCUCGAAGACAUGGGAUCCGACGAGGUUGCCGGUGAGAAUUGCGAAGGGCUCUGGGGAGUCUGCGGAUGGAACGCCAUGAUGGCAGGGCGGUGAUGCCGAGGGCGAAAUGGUGCGGCGUGUGUGGGCGCCGGGCCACCGACGAAAAUGUCGCUAGGCUUUGGCUGCGCCUCUGCUGCUUUAAAGACUGUGAUGCAUACACGAAAUUUAUUCUGUUGUGUACCCGUUCUGGAUUCCAAGUCGUCGCUUGGCUAGGAAAAGUUGAUGGAAAAGGCGUGAAUCAGAACGCUGGGGUGAUCGUCGAUGACGGUCAGCGGUGACGCCUUGGGUGGGAAGCGCGACGAGUCGAAAUAAAAAGGAGGGUAUCGGCAACAGAUCGUUAAGCGAUCGUAUAUAUCACCAAGUCGUAUGUCGGCCGCGUCGAAGAGAGUGUCGAAGUCGCGACGUGGUUGAUGAGGAGCGUG